CGCGCGACACACUCCAACCACCACGGGCUUGCGCUCUGUUCAGAAAGAGAGAAGGAGGUAGGUCGCGGUGUAUCAGUACAGGCAGAGAGACGGGCGGCGGUAAGGACGCACGGGGACGGUUAAUUUUACGCGACACGACGGCCAAAUUCUUCUCAAGAUGCUGAGCGCAGUGCUGUUGUGUGUGUGUGCGUUCGCAUGCGGACAGGUCAUCGGAGCGGCUACACGUCCGGACAAUGGCAAUUUUCUGGAUGACAAAUGGCUCAGCGGGAGAUGGGAUAAAUUUCGAGACGAAGUCGAGGAGCCUGGUACCUGGAAUCCAGGAAAGCCAUUUGAUCAAGCUCCUGAUCCUGCCAAAGACCCCUGCCAAAAAAUCAAAUGCGGCCGAUACAAAGUGUGUGUCACUGAAGAUUACAGCACCCCUACCUGUGUGAGCCAGAGGCGCGUGAGUAUUAAAGACAUUGGCUUGGCUCAGAGUCCAGGUGGGAAGUGUAAGAGAUGUCCAGUUGUCCACCCCUCUCCUGUGUGUGGGACAGAUGGGCACAGUUACUCCUCAAAGUGUAAACUGGAGUACCAGGCCUGUAUCUCUGGGAAGCAGAUUGCUGUAAAAUGCUCUGGACAAUGUCCAUGUCCUUCUCCAAGUCCACAGAGUCAUCUGGAGAAGAAAGAUUGCAGUGCUACUGAGACUGCACAAGUGGUCAGCAGACUGAGAGACUGGUUCAAAGUUCUUCACGAAAAUGGAAGCAGCAAAAAGCUGAAGUUCCAGCGCCCAGACAAAAGCCGCAUUGACCCCAGUGCUCCACUUUGUAGAGACUCUGUGGGCUGGAUGUUCACCAGAUUGGAUACCAACUUUGACCUUGCCCUGGACCGGUCAGAGCUAGUGUCUCUGGCCCAGGAUGAGAAUGAUCGGUGCACUGCUGCCUUUCUCAAGUCAUGUGACAUCUCCGGCGAUGAACAUCUGUCCAGCAGGGAGUGGUGCUCCUGCUUCCAGAGACAACAGGGCUCCCCCUGCCUUGCAGAGCUCAAUAAUAUCAACAACAAGCAAGGUGGCAAAAGACUGCUGGGUCAGUUUUUGCCAGUUUGUGAUGAAGAUGGCUUCUACAAAACUCACCAGUGCCAUGGCAGCAGUGGGCAGUGUUGGUGUGUGGAUCGCUAUGGAAACGAACUGGCAGGCUCCCGCAUACAUGGACCGGCCAGCUGUGGUCCAGUGGCAGAAGCCUCUGGUGACUUUGGAAGUGGUGAUGCUCAAAUGCAGUCAGAUGAUGAGGAUUCUGACUACCUAAACGAUGAAGAGCUGUAUGAUGAUGAGGAUGAGGAGGAAGAUGAUGGCACUGAAUAUGAUUGAUACCUCAUAAAAGAAGACAAUAACACAACAACAACAACAACAACAACAACAACAGCAACAACAACAACAACAACAACAACAACAACAACAAGAAGAAACAUUUUAAAUCUCAUCUUUGGUGCACGUUGCUAGGUGACCCCCCCCCAUACUAACUAUGACAAGUGAUCUCUUGACUCUUUCCUCCGCAUUGUUUGUCCUUUUGUCUGAGUCCCACCCCGUGUCCUGACGAGCGUCUGAGUCCCACCCCGUGUCCUGACGAGCGUCUGAGUCCCACCCCGUGUCCUGACGAGCGGCUGAGUCCCACCCCUUGUCCUGACGAGCAUCUGAGUCCCACCCCAUGUCCUGACGAGCAUCUGAGUCCCACCCCUUGUCCUGACGAGCGGCUGAGUCCCACCCCAUGUCCUGACGAGCAUCUGAGUCCCACCCCAUGUCCUGACGAGCAUCUGAGUCCCACCCCGUGUCCUGACGAGCGUCUGAGUUGAUGUGGUUGUGCUGGCUGCUGAAUGAGGAGGCCAGCCUGCGCCUUCCUGACCCCCAGAGCAGCUAGCUGAGGCACAGAUCAUGUGCAAUUCACCUGCCCUUACAACAUGCACACACACACACACACACACACACAAACACACACACACACAUAUGCAUGAACACACACACACACAAGCAUAUGACAUUCACAUGGCAAAAACACACACACAGCGUUGGCUGUGUUCUUUUGUUUCUUGUGGUGUGUGCGUGUUGACCGUGUGUAGAAUAUUGCACUUUCUCAUUUCUUUCAUCCAGAGUUGCCAACAAAAGGUUAGCUGUGCUACUUCAUAGCCCGCUAGGUUGUAUAGAGAGCAUACAGUUUAAUGUCAUCAUGGUUGUUUAUAGAGGAGUUCCUACUAAUACCGGACCGGGGACAGACAAGAGCUGUAAGGAAAAAGCAUUAUGGUUACAAAGAUAGCUGAUACAUAUGACACUUAAGAAGUUAAGAGGCUAUUUUUCUAUGGCAUUGUAUUACAUGCGUGAACUUUUUUUUCUGAAGGAAGGAACAUCAUAUGGAUUCCAUUGAGAAUGGUUUAAUGCCAGUGAUGAAACAUAGUCAACAUAAUAAUUCUACUCAAGUAAAACAUAAACUCUAAUCUGCAUAUAGAAAAUAUAUAAACACACAAAUACACAAUCACAAUACUGUCAUUAUAUUCUCAUUGUCAUACCUGUUAGACACUGACUGCUAGAGUGAGGUGCCUUUGAUUGGUUAAGAGAGGGAGAGAGAAAUGAGGUGAAGAACUUUUUUUAUUUGGCUUAGGUAGACAUAAAGGCUAUAGUCCUGUAGGAAGCAGAUCAGGCAGCUUAGCGCUGGACUGCUGGGUUUGACUGUCUUGAGGACUGAGUGAAUGGGCCUGUCUGUGUAUAGAUACACCGUUUGUGUGUGAGUGUAUUCAUAUAUAUCAGUGUGUUCUAUAUGAAGUAUGCAAUUGAUCCAUAUUGAACUGUACUGUAGCAGUUAGCAGUAAGACUUCAAAAAGACGUGUCUGUUUAUUUUUGUAUCUGUUGGUUUAGUCAUGUUUUUUAAAUUGGACCAUGUAUCCACUGGUAAAAUAACAUGUUAGGCCUGAGUAAUUGUUCUGGAGUUUGGCUGAUGAGCCUCGGCUUCGUCCAUCGGUUGACCUAACUGUGAUUCUCAUUCUGAUCUCACUGUAUCUCACCUCUCCAUCUCAACAAGGACCAUCACUCGACUCCGUCUCUUUUAGACAUAUAGGCAUUUUUUACAGUGUAUGAUUUGCUGAAAUAAACAAUAUUGACCAAAUGUGAA